AUGAAGGGCUUAGGAGAUAACAGAAGCCGCCACCUCUCCGAUAACCUGGACUCCCCUCAAGACUCUCUUUAUGCCCCCCAGGACAGGAACCCUUAUCUCCUCAGCCCCACUGACUCCUUCACCAUGGACCCCCGAUUCCCAGCGCAGAAUACUCUCCAUGGAGACUGUCUCCUUCCUCUCAACAACCAGAUCUCCAACAGCAGCACUUUCCCCCGCAUUCAUUACAACUCCCACUUUGAGGUCCCAGAUGACAACCCUUUUCCAAGCCAUGCCCAAGCCACUAAAAUCAACCGCCUGCCUGCAAACCUCCUUGACCAGUUUGAGAAGCAGCUGCCCAUCCACAGGGAUGGCUUCAGCACCCUCCAGUUUCAGAGGAGCGAUGCAAAGCACCGAAGCGAGAGCCCUGGGCGUAUCCGGCACCUUGUCCACUCUGUCCAGAAGCUAUUUGCUAAGUCCCAGUCUCUGGAGGGCCCCACCAAAGGCAAUGUGAAUGGCAAGAAGGGGACGGAUGACCCCAAGCAAAACCGGAGGAGCAAGAGCAAAGACCGAGCAAAGACCUCAGAGCCCAAGCGCAGGACCAGAUCCAACAUAUCAGGCUGGUGGAGCUCAGAUGACAAUUUAGACAGCGAUACCUGCAGCUACCGCAACCCCAUGGGCCUCAUGACACUGGGCCGUCAGCCAGACCACAGCCAGCCGAAGUAUUUCAUGCACGCUUACAAUACCAUCAGCGAGCACAUGCUGAAAUCUUCCAAGAGCAAUAAUGACCUCAAGGUCACCCCUUGCACCAAUAUCCCCAUUAACAAUGACUCCAACUACAUUAAGAGGGGGUCCUGGUCCACGCUGACACUCAGCCAUGCCCGGGAAGUGUGUCAGAAGGCCUCCGCCACAAUCGAUAAAGCCUUGCUGAAAUCCAAGUCCUGCCAUCAAGACUUGGCCUACCACUACCUGCAGGUGCCUCAGGGGGAGUGGAACAACACGCUGUCUCGGGACAAAGACAGCGAGAUCCCGUGCCGGCGCAUGCGGAGUGGGAGUUACAUCAAAGCCAUGGGGGAUGAUGACAGCGAAGACUCAGAACCCAGCCCCAAACCAUCCCCAAAAACUGCAGCUCGGAGGCAGAGUUACCUCAAGGCCACCCAACAGUCCCUGAGUGAGCAGAGCACAACCCAAAGGAGCCUGGACCGCCUGGACUCUGUUGAGAUCCUCCUACCUCCGAAGUUCCCAACCUGGGAGGAAGAAUACAACCAGAUCUCUGACAGUGUCAACGAGUCCAGUUGCAUCAACCAGAUCUUUGGACCCCCCUUACUUAUCCCUCAGAUAUUUACUCAUGGAGAGCAGGCACCAGAGCCGGAGCUGGGGGAGCAGUACGAGGUGGUUUGCGACUCUACCUACAGCGAGGCCGAGUCGGCCGCCGCGGAGGUGCUGGAUCUGCCUCUGCCUAGCUACUUCCGCUCCCGGAGCCACAGCUACCUCCGAGCCAUCCAGGCGGGCUGCUCCCAGGAAGAGGACACGGGCUCCGUCCGCUCCAUCUCCCCCCCACCAGCAGGCAGCCUCAGCGGCAGCAGGACCCUGCCCACCAACAGCA